AUGUCAACGGAAGAUAGACUAGAGGGCAUCGAUAUUGAACCGAAGAGGGCAUACCCAAAGAUUCGAUCUCACGACCAUAAUAUCGUCGAAGGCAAAAAGGGUGGAAGACAUGGCUCGCCACAGCAGGGCGAAAGUACGCACGAGCAACCGGAAGGCCGUGGCAAAGACACACACAGGCAUCCCCAGCUCUCCAUGCAGCAAGAAGCACGAAACACCGAGGGGCGCAAUAUAUGGCGGAUGGGUAGUAACUUCCGUCAUCAGGCGGUGCAGUUUGUGAGUGCAGGUCUACAAGAAAACGACGAGGAAAAGCCGGAAAGUUUGGACAUGCAGCACAAGGGAAUAGAAAUGACCCCACCUAAACUACCCCCAGAACAAUGCAACGGGGAGUCCAUGCGAUAUCCACCCCCUACUAUUAUUGCACCGGAUGGGGAGAUUCCCAGGGAUACCGAGCAUAUAGACCACAUCACCCCCGGAGGGGAUAACACCAGCGAGGAUGAAAUAGUGUUUACUGGACGACACCUUAAAACAAAGUACGCUCGAGGGCCAUCCGACAGAAACCGAUCUCCGAUAUCGAGGCCAUCCGGGCAGCACAACUCUAGGAGCCCUGCUCGUCGAAAAGAGCAUGAAAUCUCCGACCUUCGCAGAGGACACGAAUGUAGCCCGCAGGAUAACGGUUCAACGCAGCCUUGGCUACCGCAUCACAGCCACAAAAACACGAUACAAUCAUGUCCCACACCAGAAAACGCGUCGGGUGACCUACCGCAUGCCACAAAAUCGACCUUGCCAAAGCGAACCGAGCGAAUACAACCACGUGCCAUCGAUGGAAUUGUUGAUUUCAUACCCUUAAAUUCCAGACGCCCAUCAACUAGGGAGCAAUAUUCGAGACUUCGCGAAGACGAAGAAAAUGACAUAUUGGCCGAUUACAUAGCGAACAUUGACGAUGACUACGAGGACUACUGUCAGUGGACUGAUUUGUGUCGCAGUACAAGCACGGAGUCCGACAACGGUCAAAUGGACAAACCGGCAUCUACACUUGUCUCCGCUGAACUGGUCGAUGCCAACUGUUCCGAGCCACAACCAAACAAUGGAGAGGAAAUAUUUCCAUGCGUACGAGGCCAAAUGUUGGCUGAAUGUGAAGAUGAGAGUGACUCUGAUCUGGCUUCCAGAGGAUCUACUGCUAAAUCGAAUGCAUUUGCGGUACUUUGCACCACUUCGACGGACGGGGCACAUAGCUCCUUGAGCUCUUCCGAAUGCAGUGACAGUGAAGCGAAGGGAAUCGGCAAGCACACGGAGAUCGAGACAGAGAGCAGUUGUCUGUCUCGGUCGCACCGUAACCGCAGCAAAGCAAAGGAAAAUUAUUUCGCCUCGGCAACCGCUUUCGCUGAUGCAUUGGAAUCGGACCCAUUUUAUGGAUUCGAUAUAAUGGACUUCAACAGACCCAGCCUGCGGAACAAAGCAAAAGGGAAGCAGCGUGCCUUUGAUCUGUCAUUAUCCGAUAGCGAGCUGGAACUGCAACUAGAACGGGCAUGGCGAAAUGACAGAGAGAAGAAAAAGACAAGGAAACAGAAGAGAGAAGAGCUCCGUGUUGGAGGCCUACUCGGUCGGAAUGCAAAUGCGCCUGAUCUCAGAACUAAGUAUUCAAGUGGCUUCGAUGUCGAUGAUCUGAAAUCAGAAAUGCGGAGUUUUUUGCUAUCAUCGAAAGAAAGGAAGGUUGUGCAUGACAUGGCAGGCGCACUGUCACUCAAAUCACAGUCCCGUGGCAAAGGGUCGUCCAGAUUUCCCAUGCUGUACAAGACUUCCCGCACCCCAAGGCAUACACAGAAAACGAUUACACAGGUGGAAAGAAUAUUAUCGAAGUCUCAAUUCUCUCACCGUGGCCCCAAGGUACGGUCCCAGAACAACAAGAAACCGGCGAAGGCUUCUCGUGGUCGCCCUACAUCGUCUGUUAGCUAUAUGGAAGGCGACGUCGUUGGUGCCUCAGCACCGGAAAUUGGAGCGGAAAACAAGGGAAGAGCUAUGCUCGAAAGGAUGGGAUGGAGUUUGGGGACACCGCUCGGUGCCAUAAACAACAAAGGCAUUCUGUUACCUGUUGAGCACGUCGUGAAGAAUUCCAAGGCUGGCCUGGGGUAA